ACCGCCGGAGCAGUGAACUAAAACAAUCACCCUCAUCACUCCUCCUGCUCCCCACCGACCGACCGACCGAACCGCCUCGUCCGUGGCGUCUCUACAAACCCCAGGCUCAGCUGACAGACGCCAGCUAGGAGCCACUGCCUGCCUCGCUGCGUGUUUCUCUCUGUCAGCCAUCCUAGUCGCUCAUUUACAGUGCAGCCCGGUAGUGUGCGGUCGAGAAGAAGAAGAAGCAGCCCAUUAAGCGAGUGUGUCUUCUGUCCUACAACAGGGGUAAAAGCAUGUCUGCUCAGCCCGGUGAGGAGCUAGGCUCGGAGGGGAAGUGGUUUGGGGAUGACUAUGAGAGGAACGGCCUGUUUGGGAACACACCGACCCGGUUCGACGAGCUGCGUGAAGACUUUAAGCCGAGAGGCGGCGACGCGGCGGGCGACCUGGAUCAACAAUUUCAUCCUUACCAGGACGACGGGAAAAGGCCUGCCGUUGCUAUGGAAACUGCAUCUACAGGUGAUCCCAUGUCUGGCCUGUUUAGGAAGCCGAUGAAUGAUGAUGGCGAUGUGUACACUUCCCUGCUGUCCAAUCAGAGCUUCACAUCAGGCCGGGAAGCCUCCUACCUGUCUGAUGACCUGAAGCCCUCCAAGCACUCUUCUGGUUCCUCUGCCCUGGAUCAGUUCUCAAGUGACACUUACAGCUUCAGUUCCAACACCAAGAUGACUUCCAGCCUGACCGAUGACAUGCCAAAAUCCCUGCUAGCCUCAGAGAAGACAGAAUCCUACAACUACAUGGAUAUCAGCCACAGUGAUGAGCGCCACGACCAGCACCAGGGGGCUCUACACAGCCUGGUGGAUAAAGGCUCAGCUGGGUAUGACUCACUGGGCAGCUACAUAGAUAAGAGCCCCGGAAAAGGUAAGGAUGAAGAGGAGGAUGAGGAAGAAGAAAAUCUAGGUCCAGCACUGGGCUCUCACUCUUUCCCCUACGUGGAGGAACCAUCUGAUGAGGAGCUGACGGACUACCGCUCCUACCGAAACCUGGGUAGCACCCCACAGUCGGCCAGCCCAGUGAAGAUCACCUUGACCGAGUCGCAGCCUCCAGCGGCUAAAGCUGAGCCAAAGCAACAGCCCGCUUCAGUUAGUGACCGUGAAAACGUCCUGAGUGUGGGCUUACAGGGGGUUCCCACGGUGACACUAUCUGAGCCAGAGGACGACAGCCCUGCUUCCACUCCCAAUGCCUCGCCGACACAAAAAGAAUUCCCCUCGCAUGACAAGUUCAAGGCUGAGGCAGUGAAGCCUGCAGCUUCCAAAAGCAGCCCAGGCACAAAGGCCAGCAGCAGGGAGCAUGAUGGCAGCAGCGCCGAGUCUGGAGACUCAGAGAUCGAGUUGGUGUCUGAGGAGCCUCCCAAGGCCAGUAGCAACCCAUUUGCAGAGCCGCCUAAAAGCAAGGGCACUUUCAGCCAGCCUAACAACCCUUUUGACAAUCCCCCAGUCGCCAAGGGUGGUUUUGGCCUUGCUGGAAGCCACGCUCCACCCACAGCCUACAGUAUAUUGAGGGAAGAGAGAGAGGCAGAGCUUGACAGUGAUCUCUUCAUUGAAUCCGCGUCUGAAGAAAGCCCAAAGAGAGAGCAGGGUUUGAGUGGUCCCAAGCAGGGAGUCAGCCCUCCCUCUCCCCUGAUUCCUAGUGCAGUACCUCCCCGCAGUACCACUGAGGCGGUGCCAGCUGAGCCCCUGAUCACAGAAAAGGUCAAGAACCCAGUGAAAACAGAGGAGGAUCGCCCCAGCAAGCCCAAGCCCCCCACUGCUGCCGUGCCUCCAGAGGUGAGAUCAGAAAAGCCCCACCAGGAUGACACGCACAAGAUCACCAGUGAGGGCAAAGGAGACUUAGGAAAACCUGCUGUAUCCGUAUUCAUGGAGGGCUUUAAUAAACAAAAAGCGAUUGACCUGCUCUACUGGAGGAAUGUGAAGCAGUCGGGGGCCGUGUUCAGCAGCGUCCUCCUGCUCCUCUUCUCCCUGACCCAGUUCAGUGUGGUCAGUGUCGGAGCCUACUUAGCCCUGGCAGCCCUCUCUGCCACCAUCAGCUUCAGGAUCUACAAGUCUGUGCUGCAGGCUGUGCAGAAGACCGAUGAGGGACAUCCUUUCAAAUCCUACCUGGAGAUGGAAAUCGCUCUCUCUCAGGACCAGAUUAGUAAAUAUGCCGACAAAAUCCUGCUGUACUCUAACACCUGUAUGAGGGAGCUCCGCAGGUUGUUCCUGGUACAAGAUCUGGUCGACUCAUUGAAGUUUGCUGUUCUGAUGUGGCUGCUGACCUACGUGGGCGCUCUCUUCAACGGCCUGACACUGCUCAUCCUUGCUGUGGUUUCCAUGUUCACUAUGCCUGUGGUCUAUGAGAAACAUCAGGCACAGAUUGAUCAGUACGUGGGACUAAUACGGACCCAGGUCAACUCCGUUGUGGGGAAGAUCCAGGCAAAGAUCCCUGGGGCCAAGAGAAAGGAGGAGUAGACGUGUUGUCUCACUGAGAAGCUGACGGUCCAGUCCAGCUCAGAGUCAGGCUCACUGCUAAAUAGCCUGGUCGUCAUCUGUGGGGCGUAGUGCUAUGUCAUCUUGGUGUUCUCUAAAAGCAUCCACUGGAGAAGCCUUCACCCUGUCUAUAGCAGUUUAAACACUAACACACACAAGUCACAUGUACGUACAAAAAUCCUGUUUCUAGGUAGUCAAGUACACAAUUCGAAGACAAAAAAAGAAACUGACUUUUUUUGUGUUGCUUAUUAUAAAGUGCAUGAAGUCGAGCCUUGGGUAAAUAUUUGAUAUCUUUUGUGCAGUUUUUAAAUCACGCUACAUUUUUGCUUUGCAGUGCUUACCACAAACUGUAUGGUUUGGCACAAAAAGGCUAAAUGCCCACAGACGUGCUCUGCUGCCAAUGUUAAAUACUGCAUCAUGUUUCUGAGUUAGCAGAUGGGGCUUCUCUCGGUAUAUGUCAAUAUAUAUAAAUAUCAAAAAUGAUUUCCUUUUGGUGUUUCCAAGCACAAAAUAAUUUAACAAUAUGCGUCUUAGAUGUGGUAACUGUAGGGUUUUUGCUUUUGUAUAACCAUAAGGAACAAUUCACACGCUCAUGUUUUAGGUACUGUUGUACAACUACUAUGAAGACAAGGAGUAUCUGGUGAUAUUUAGCUUGUUUGAAUAACUGUCCAACUUUGUACUAUGUUCAACUAUACUCUGUAGUUCUUUAGACCCUGGACUCUUUAACUAUUUGCACUUACAGUAUGUAUUUAAUUACAAGAAUAAGAAAAAUAAAUGUACCUUGAUGUA